AUGAUGAUGUGGGGAGUCGGGGGAGGUGAGGGGCACCAGGGAAGGACUUGGGGUGAGACGGGGAGGAGCACAAGGUUGAGGACGAGACGAGGCGAGAAAGCAAAGAGAAAGACCGCGCACGCCCGUACAUAUACCAGAUGGCUCGCGUUACGAGAUAAAAUUCGCGGCCAAGAAUGGCCCGGAGACCGAGAGUGA